AUGCCGAUGCUCAAAGAUCCUUCCAAAAAAUAUAAGCCAUACAAGCCGCUGAACCUCCCUAACCGAACCUGGCCGGACAAGCAAAUCACUUCUGCACCAAGAUGGCUGGCAACGGAUUUGCGUGACGGAAACCAAUCUCUCCCCGAUCCAAUGGACGGCGAGCAAAAAUACCGGUUUUUCAAGAAGCUCGUCGAGCUCGGCUACAAGGAAAUCGAGGUUUCCUUCCCCUCUGCGUCCCAAAUCGAUUUCGACUUUACCCGCCGCCUUGUUGAGGAGCCCGGUCUUACCCCCGAUGAUGUAUGGCUCCAGGUUCUCGCUCCAUGCCGUGAGGAUCUCAUCCGCCGCACUGUUGACUCCCUGAGGGGCGCGAAGAAGGCCAUUCUGCACAUCUACCUGGCGACCAGCCCGUGCUUCCGCCGGAUUGUCUUCAACAUGGACAAGAGGCAAAGUCUUGAGAAGGCUGUGGCUUGCGCCAAGUAUGCCCGCUCAAUCACCAAGGAUGACCCUUCCAUGGCUGGCACGGAAUGGCAGUUUGAAUUCUCCCCAGAGACAUUCUCGGAUACUGAGCCUGAGUUCGCUGUGGAGGUUUGUGAAGCUGUCAAGGCUGCCUGGGAGCCGACUGCCGAGAACCCCAUUAUCUUCAACCUGCCCGCUACUGUUGAGAUGUCUACUCCCAACGUCUACGCGGAUCAGAUUGAGUACUUCUGCAAUAGUAUGACGGAGCGCGAAAAGUUCGUUGUGUCCCUGCAUCCCCACAACGACCGUGGCUGUGCUGUUGCUGCAGCUGAGCUCGCACAAAUGGCUGGCGCUCAACGUGUCGAAGGUACCCUUUUCGGCAAUGGCGAGCGCACCGGUAAUGUCGACCUGGUCACUCUCGCUCUCAAUCUCUACACACAAGGUGUUUCGCCCAACGUUGACUUCUCCGACAUUCCCUCCGUUAUCAAGCUUGUGGAGGAGUGUAAUAAGAUUCCUGUUAAUGAGCGCUGGCCUUAUGGUGGCGCCCUGGUCACAAGUGCCUUUAGUGGAAGUCACCAAGAUGCCGUGCGGAAGGGCUUCUUGCUGCGUGAGAAAGCCAAUGCGACGGAUGAUGAUGAGUGGGUCGUGCCAUACCUCCCUCUCGACCCGCAAGAUAUCGGAAGAAACUACGAGGCAGUUAUCCGAGUCAACUCCCAAAGUGGGAAGGGUGGAGCUGCCUGGAUCAUUCUACGCAGCUUGGAACUGGAUCUCCCCCGUGGCCUUCAGGUUGAGUUCAGCAAGAUUGUGCAACUGGAGACUGAGAAGGUCAACCGGGAGCUGCGACCGUCCGAGCUUGUCACCCUUUUCGAGAACGCCUAUCAUCUGAAGUCGAACCCCCGCUUCACUCUCAUCGACUACAAUAUCACAACCGACCGUUCCCAGUCGCCUGCUCCGCCUGAGCCCGGUAAGGCGCUUAACACUCAGAACCUUAAGCGUCGUUUCACCGGUAUCAUUGAGAUCGAUCGUGUCCAGCAUGCUAUUACCGGCACAGGUAAUGGUGCUAUUUCAGCCCUUGCCGCGGCUCUGUCCACUCUCAGCAUCGAUCUCGAUGUUGUGGACUACAAGGAGCACUCCAUUAGCCAGAGCAAUGCAGGUGGUCUGGGCCGUGAAGUGAAGGCCGCCACGUACAUCCAGUGUACUGCCGCCGGCAGCAAGGAUCAAGUAUGGGGUGUCGGAAUCCAUGGUGAUGUUGUACAAGCAUCUCUGAUCGCGCUGCUCAGCGCUGCCAGCUCCUUCCUCACCUCCCGCACCGACUCCCCAGCCCCUUUCCGCCCCAUUCGUUCCAACACCCUCACGAAUGAGGACCUCCAGGCCCUCGAGCAAUUGACCGGCUCUUCUACGACUGCCGUUGCCAACGGCGGUCUCAGCGCCAAGGUCAACAUUGAGAACCUGACCAAGCUAGCUGAGCAGCAGUAA